AGUUUUUGGAAGAGUAAUUGACGAUAAUAUGUUUUCAAUUAUUCGAAUUUACGAUUUAACAUUUAUGUCUUUUAUUUAGAAUGAAGUCAAUUAAAAUAAAAUAAAAUAAAAAAAACCACACACACACACAUACAUAUAUAUAUAGAUAAAUAUUUUAACUCUGAAUAAGAGUGACCAUGGCAAGAUGAUAACGAACAGCGUUAACUGCAUACAGACCCCGAACCUUUUUUUCCGUAAAAUUCUUGAAUUAGUGGUCGGCUGGAAAAUAAUGAUUGAGCAGUCUGUUGAAAAUGAAUUCAUUCCCUAUUGUCAAAAAUCCAGUAAAAGAAUUGACUUUGAAUUAGAGGCAGAAAACCCAAGUCAAGUGGAGAGAGAAAACUGAGACAGACUGGAACUUGCUUUCAUUUAUUAAUAGUUUGAAGUUUUUGAUGCAAAAGGAGUUUAUGUGUUGCAGUAUACACAUUUUGACUAUUCACUUCAUAUAUAUCAGCAUAACAUUACCCACCCUUGAACUAAAAGUGAUGUCCAUGCUAUAGAAAUUGCAAUGCAGGACUGAAGAAUCCAUCAUGAUGUUUUGCAUACUCCCAUCUGAUUCCAUGAAAAUUCAAUCAAGAAAUGAGGUAUUGCUGAGUGUCUGCUGUUAUUCAGUAUCCAUAUGUUUGUCACUUGUCCUCUUGUCCUGUGCUUCUACAGCUCGCGUUCAAAAUAUUGGCCAAAUUUAUCCAGAGUUUGCAGGGUCUCAGAAUAAUUGGAUUGAUGAUGAUGGUAAGUUUUUGGUGUCCAACAACGCAAAUUUCUCUUUUGGAUUCACUGUUUUGGAGAAAGAUACCACUUUGUUUUCACUUGUUAUAAUUCACGAACCUAGUUCAAGAAUUGUCUGGACUGCCAACAGAGGCUCCAGCAUUACAGGUUUUGAUAAUUUUGUGUUUGACAAAACUGGGAAUGUCUACUUGGAGAAACAAGGAAAUAUAGUGUGGACCACAAAUACUGCAGGUAAAGGAGUUACUGCUUUGGAGUUGCAGGACUCGGGUAAUUUGGUUUUGAUUGGUAACGAUUCUAAACCUCUUUGGCAGAGCUUUAGUUAUCCCACUGACACCCUUUUAUCGAAUCAAAUUUUCUUUGAUGGAAUGAGACUUGUAAGUGAGCCCAAUUCCAACAAUCUGAGCUUUUACCUGGAAAUGAAGUUGGGGGAAGUGAUUCUCUAUGGAGGAUUCAGAACUCCUCAGCCUUAUUGGUCUCUGGCAAAGGAGAUGCGGAAAAUCAUUAACGAAUAUGGGGUAAUCACCUCAGCUUCGAUUUCCAAUUCUUGGAAAUUCUUUGAUCGCAACCAGACUCUAGUCCAACAAUUUGUGUUCUCAAACAUUAAUAGUCCUAAUCUUACCUGGGCUGCAGUUUUAGGAUCUGAUGGUUUUAUCUCAUUCUACAAUCUACAAAAUGGGGGCUUCAUUGGUGCAGAACCAAUAAAGAUACCAAACGGUGAUCAGUGCAGCAUGCCUGAACCUUGUGGUCCUUAUACUAUUUGUGAAAAUAGCAAUUUUUGUCGAUGCUUUCCAGGGCUUGGAAGGGGAACCUUUCCAAGUUGCAACCCUUGGAUCUCCUUUCCUUGUAAUGGCUCAAAAAGUUCGGAAAUGUUAUUAGAAAUGGGGGAUGAAGUUGACUAUUUUGCUCUUGAGUUUACCACACCAUUUCCCAACGUCAGUCUUUCUGCUUGUAAGGAUGCCUGCCUUGGUAACUGUUCAUGCCUGAUGUUGUUCUUCGAAAACAAGUCCGGGAAUUGCUUUCUGUUUGAUGAUGUAGGAAGCUUUAGAUGGCAGGCUCAACGAGGCUCCUCCAGGUUUCUUUCCUAUAUUAAAAUCCCUAGUAACAAAGAACACAGGCUAAACCCAAGAGCACAAGAGAGCAGCAAUAAGAAACACAUGCUGCUCAAUUUAAUUAUUGCAUCUGCAGUUUUGUUACCUAUUGUUGGUUUAUUAUUUUUGGGAGUCUGGUACCAUCAGAAAAGGAAAAGCAUAUUUGGAUCUUUUAAAGAUGUCAUGGGAGAGGAGGAUUUCUCUUCCCACAUUGCUUUAGGAGAAAUGGAUAGUUUAUCUCAUAUGCCCAUCCGAUUUGAAUACAAAGAUCUUCAAGCCGCCACUAACAACUUCUCUGUGAUACUAGGGCAUGGUGGGUUUGGCUCCGUUUAUAAAGGGAUGCUUAAAGAUGGGACUCAAAUUGCUGUGAAGAGGCUGGAGGGUGUUGGUCAGGGUAAGAAAGAAUUUCAAGCCGAAAUCACCACCAUAGGCAGCAUUCACCAUGUCCACUUGGUGAAGCUCAGAGGCUUCUGUAAAGAGGGGACUCACUGCCUUCUUGCUUAUGAGUACAUGACAAAUGGGUCUUUGGAUAGAUGGAUCUUCAAUGACGGCCGUGAAGGUUUAACAUUGGACUGGGAAACAAGAUUCAAAAUAGCUAUGGGAAUGGCAAAAGGAUUGGCGUAUCUCCAUGAGGGCUGCAGUGUAAAGAUUGUUCACUGUGACAUAAAACCGGAAAAUGUGCUUCUUGAUGACAACUACCAAGCCAAAAUUUCUGAUUUUGGUUUGGUAAAGCUGAUGACAAGGGAACAAAGUUGUGUGGUCACAAUGGCAAGAGGUACAAGGGGUUACUUGGCACCAGAGUGGGUAACAGACAUUCCCAUAUCAGAGAAGAGUGAUGUAUAUAGCUUUGGCAUGGUUUUGCUUGAAAUCAUUGGGGGAAGGAGGAACUUCAAGCCAGAGGUGAGUUCAGAGAAAGCCCACUUCCCCACUUACGCCCUCAGGAUGCUAGAAGAAGGGAGGCUGAAAGAGAUACUUGAUUCAAAGCUUAAUACUCAAGAAAGAGACGGGACGGUAAUCACUGCAACUAAAGUUGCUUUCUGGUGCAUACAGCGGGACAUGUCUCUAAGACCAUCCAUGGCUAAAGUAGUUCAAAUGCUUGAAGGAUCCCGUGCCGUAGCUCAGCCCCCAAGCUCUUCCCAGGCGGUUUCCCAGUUCUUUGCAAACUUUGUUAAACCUAUCAGAGAGGAGCCAUGCUGCCACAUUGAUUCAGACCUUUCCGGUGUGCAGUUAUCAGGUCCAAGAUGAUAAGAGAUGUAUGCUUUUGAGAAACACCUGAUAAAACUAACAACCUAUUAUGUUGUUGUUUCUUCUUCUUCUUCUUCUUCUUCUUAUUUUAUUUUAUUUUUUUUCAUGGUAAAGGGUAAAUUUAUUAUGUUGUUAAGAUACCUAUAUUAUCAUUUUGUUUGUAGUUUCUAUUUAUUAAGUGUCCCAAACAUUUGAUCAAGUUCUGGGCAUUAUAACAACAUACUUAACAAAUGC